AAACAUUAUCCAAUGAAACACAUUGUAAAAUACAUUUGUUUAUUUUUAAAUGCAUUCGUGAUUUUCUAUAAACGUAUCAUAACUUCUGUGAAUGAUUUCAAGUCAGGUAACUGCAAUAAGAACGCUGUGUUUUUAGAAAAUCAAUACGUCAGACAAUAUACACAUGCAUGACCAUGAAUAGUAAACAGAAAGUAAAAUAUUACCACUUUAAUCAAAUGAACCCAAUAGGAGCUUCGUUUUUCAUUACUAUGUGACAUGAUUGCCAAGUGAUUGAUUACAAGUGAUUGAUUACAGGAAUAAGUUCAAAAGAGGAACAUUAUAUACCAGUUUUAAUAAGAUUCCAAAUGAUAGGACCUACUUACAAUUUUAUUAUCUUGGACAUAAUUCAAUAACGGAGACAAUUUGAAACUCACCAAAGUCCCUCAUUUCAUCGCAUGAUUGAUACUUCAAGCUCCAGAACGAAAUAUGUCCGUCUGGGACAGUAAAAGUUAAGCUAGAAGAAAAAGGGCAUAUAUAUAAGUCGGCACCAACAAUCUAAUGGCUUUGGAAAAAAUGCGUAUAAAAAGUUCACACCUUGAUUUUUACAAAACAAUUUAUCAAAAGGCAUGAAAUUACAAAGAUCGAAACAUUUUAUAGCUUAAUAAAGUGAAAAAAUGCAUUAUACAGUUCUGGAUAAAAACAAAUGAAUGUUGUAAUACGGUGACGGUGCGUAGCGUGCAAAUAGCAUUAACAGACUAGCGAAAAAAUCUCGAAUUACUUUAUGAGUACAGUAUGUUUUGAUGGUAAUACUUAACAUCAAAAUAAUAUAGCUGAUAUGAAAUAAAAUCUGUAAAAAGAUCAUUUGGCCAGAAGAAUAUUAGCAGACGAUAUUUUUGGGCGGGAGUCUAUUUUUAGACGAUGCAUAUUCAUUUAAUUAAUCUCAAUUCUACAUUAUGACAUGUUAUAUUUAGGAGUUAUAUGAUUUAAACUAUAUUAUUGUUUCUUGUAGGUCUAUAAUUACGUAGUUGUAUUUCACUAAAGAUUGACUUAAAGAUGCGUAAACACACAUUGGCAAAGAGGCUAUUUGUAAUGAAUAUGCAUGAGGUAAUGAGUCCGAGAUGGCGGCGCCCUACUGGAAUUCGGAUGCAUUUGAUGAUACCCUUGUAUCCAUUACAUGCUCAGUCAAGUGUGAAAUGUUCACCAGAAGUGUUCCUUCCUUUGAGAAGGAACAUUAAAUGUGGUAACGAGUACUCUAUGAUUUCAAUCAUAUAAUCAUACAAGAUUUAGCUUACCAAAAGGUUCCUUCUAGCUUAUAUUAGAUAUUCUUUUUAAGGGGUCUUUAAUAAAACAAUUAUGAACUAUGUUUUUUUGCUAGUUUACGUGCAUUCUUAUCUAUUUAUUAUAAGAAUACUUAAAGUUAUUUCACACAAACAUUUAUUCAACUUAGAACAAUAAACAAACACCUUUAGAUGAAUGAUUCUACCUAAAUAUUAUCAGCGGACAAUGAGUAAUGAAUACCAUCACUCUGUCAAAAUUUCGAGAACCAGUGUCGACAUCUGUCCUAGUGGCACAGAUCAGAAUUUGGUCGUAUGCUUGCCUAUUUCUAAUUAGCAAUACAAUGGCAGAAAAGUUCUGCCAAAAUGCCGGUAAUUGCAUUGCAUGAACGGAUACUUCCAGAACGACUAAACCAGGAGAAAAGGGGCUUUUAUAUCAGUCGGCACCAACAAACUAAUGGAUUUGAAAAAAAUGCCAGCUUUAUUGUUUACCACCACUGCAGCUUUGCUGACAGUUUUAGCCGUCCAGAACACAUAUUCGGCACCAGCCACAGUUACCUCACAAGUUACAGAAACAAGAUCAAUUAAUUUCACAAGCACUCCCAAAGCUACUACCACCAAUCCAACAAGUGAACCAACUUACUCCAACAAGACAAGCCACACGGAUCCACCUUCACAAUCUACCGAACCUACGCAACGAGAUAGCACACAGACCAUUCUACAGACUAUGACAGAGGCCACUAUCAACCCAAAUAAAGACUCUAAGCAAACCGACAAUAUUACAGAGGAAGAAGAGUCGGAGAGUGAACAUGAACAUCCAGGUGUUGAGCUGAUUGUAGUUCGUUGGAAAGAUGUAGAAUAUCCAUUUAUCAUCACACUGGUGGUUAUCUUCAUCGGUCUUAGUAAACUUGGUUUCCAUUAUUCGCAUUUUCUGUCAUCGAAGGUGCCUGAAUCUUGUGUCCUUAUCGUACUUGGUGUAAUAUCUGGUGUUAUUCUGUAUUACACGGGUAUUACAAAGGAUGUCAAACUUUAUGCACCACAUUUGUUUUUUCUUUACCUAUUACCGUCAAUUAUAUUAGAGGCAGCUUACGGUUUGUACGAUCGUACAUUUGCGGAUAAUAUUGGUGGAGUGCUGCUCUUUGCUGUGCUGGGAACAGUUCUUAACUGGUUUUUAAUUGGUUUAAGCAUGUAUGGAUUGUACAUUGCCGGGGCGAUGGAAGAAGUGAACACAUCCCUUGUUCAGAUGCUUCUUUUUGCUGCCUUAAUAGUCUCUACGGACCCUGUUACAGUGUUAGCAGUAUUCCAGGAAGUGGGCGUUAACGAUAUGUUAUACUUCCUUGUGUUUGGUGAAUCACUUCUCAACGGUUUGUAUUGUAGAAUAAAACCUCUCCUCCCUGUCAUAAUCAGUAUCGAUUUUUGAGCAGUCGUAUUAUUCAUAUGAAAAUAAUAAAGACUAUGUCGAAAUUUAUGAGUUUACGGGGUAUCUAGAAAACCUGCUAGUAUUUUUCAAUGACAAAAUAGAAAAUCCAUUUUUUUUCGCCUGACUGCUUAAGUAUUAUCUAGUAUUGGCAUGAUAGUUACUAUCUGAAUAGUUGGUAUUUUUGAUGUAUUGGUAAAGCUAGUAUUUGUUAUUAUUGCUGAGCUCAUAGUUUAAUCGCUGUGAAAAAAUAUUUGAUAUCUAGUUUAGUUCGGGUUGAUUU